GAAUAACAUGGAAUCCUACGAUUUAUUCAACGGUGCUGUGAGAAUCAAAAAAGAGCCCGUGGACGAGUCAUUUACAGUUAAUGAUGGGCACGAAGUAACUGAAAAGACAUCCACUAUCCACAACUUUGAGGCCUUUACAAUUAAGCAGGAGAAUUCGACUCACAAGCUUCAAAAAUGUGACGAAAAUCGUAGAAUUGACCUAGACGAUUUGUCAAUUGAAUUCGAAUGUCAGGAAGAGAAACCCAAGUUUAAUUCUUGGCUGAAAAUUGAAGAUAGUUCUGAAAAUUAUUUUCAGAAAAUGAGCAGAGAUUGGACCAAUAAAAAAGAUGUUAAAGAAGAACGUGUGGUAGAAGUGAAGAAAGAAUCUGUUGAAGAUAAUGCUGACAACUUAGUUACAAAUGACCAAGGUGAUUUACGUAGCCAAAAGAAAUUGAGAACCAGCAUUGAUACGAGGCCUAAAUGUGUUAUUUUUUCUUGUCAUACGUGUAAAAAUACAUUUAGACAUAAGAUAAGUCUUAAACGUCACAUCGCAUCAGCUCAUGAAGGUAUCACCCACGGAUGUGAUGUAUGCGGAAAAUCAUUUGCUCAUCAAGGCAAUCUCAAAAAACACAUUGAUUCAAUCCAUAAUGGUGUCACCCAUGUAUGUGAUCUAUGUGGAAUGAUAUUUACACGAAAGGAUAAUAUCAAAAUCCAUAUCGAUUCAGUGCACAACAAAAGAACUCAUGAAUGUGAUCAGUGUGGAAAGAUAUACAGAAGAAAGGAUAAUCUCAAAACUCACAUCGAUUCAGUACACAGUAAAAUCAGGCAUAAAUGUGAUGUAUGCGGAAAGACGUUCCCAUAUAAGUUUUAUCUCAAAAUCCACAUCGAUUCAGUGCACAACAAAAUAACUCAUAAAUGUGAUAUUUGCGAAAAGAAUUUCUCACAAAAGAGCAAUCUCAAGAUCCACAUAAAUUCGAAGCAUCGUGGUAUUAGACAUUCUUGCGAUGUAUGCGCAAAGAAAUUCACACGAAAGGAUGACCUCAAAGUCCACAUUGAAGGAUUUCACAAUGGUAUCAAUCAUUCGUGUAAUAUAUGUGGCAAGAAAUUUUUGCGUAAGCGUAAUCUCAAUCUGCACGUCAAAUUGUCGCAUCGCAGUAACUAAAAAGACUGAAAAAUCUUAAAAUGCAUAUCUAGAUACGAUGCAUAUAACAGUGUUAAUUUCGCAUGAUAUGUAUAAGGACACGAUGACAAAUUAGUCAUUUCAAACUUUAAGUGACGAUGCAGUUAGCAGUGGUACCAGCCAGGAAAGUAGAAAUUAUAUCAAAUUAGA